UGUGUAUUGAAUCCCGCACAGCCUUCAAGAUGUCGAUGUUCCGAUCGAAAAAACUUGAUCUAGGAUGCUUCGUCAACGUCAAGGUCAUCCGUGAUCAUACCAAGCGAAAGGUCUUCGCUGAGCAUGAGACCGAAAGACAAGCCUUGCGAUACAUCAUCCGCAACUUGAGCCUUCCAGCGAGAACGCGCGCACAAGCCCAGCUUCAACUGUCCCAAAUGCAUGCCUAUACUCGUCCCACACAAAUCCGGAAUCGAUGCAUAGAGGGAGGAAAGGGGAGGGGUGUCCUGAGAGACUUCAAGAUGACAAGGUAUAACUUCCGAGUCAACGCUCUCGCCGGACUGAUCCCCGGAGUCAAGAAGGCCUCGUGGUAGGCGGG